AUGCACUUUGAGUCGGUGUUCAUACCAGUUCUGUGCUCCGUGGCCUUCGCUCUGGGAGUCCUGGGGAACGGGGUGCUGCUGGGGGUUCUGGCUCGGAGCAGGGGGAGGUGGAGUGUGACGGACAUCUUCAUCCUCCACCUGGGGGUAGCCGACAUCCUGCUGCUGCUGACGCUGCCGCUGUGGGCCGCACAGUCCGCUCAGAAGGAAGGGUGGACGUUUGGAACUCCGCUCUGCAAGAUCACUGGAGCUUUUUACGGUAAGACUGCAUUAAAGAUCAACUUCUAUUGUGGGAUCUUCCUGCUGGCGUGCAUCAGUCUGGACCGCUACCUGUCCAUCGUCCACGCGACCCAGAUGUACUCCUGCAGGAACCCCCGGGUGGUUCACAUCAGCUGCCUGGCGGUGUGGAUCUUCUCGCUGCUGCUCUCCCUCCCUGACUGGGUCUUUUACCAUGCUGUUAAGGAUGGCAGGAGAGGCAACAGAACAGAGUGUGUUCCAGACUACUUCCAGUUCGACCCCAAAUAUGUCUUUAAUUGGGAACUGGCCUCCCGCGUGCUGUCCCACACGGCGGGCUUCCUGUUGCCCUCCGUCGUCCUCAUCUUCUGUUAUUCCUGCAUCCUGCACCGGCUGCGCUGCGGCUCCCAGGGCCUUCAGAAGCAGAAAGCUUUCAGGAUCAUCGUGGCCGUGGUGGUGGUGUUCUUCAUCUGCUGGACGCCGUACCACAUCACUCUCAUGGUGGACACACUUCUUUCGGACAACAGCUGUGGAGUCAGAGUAUCUCUGCAAAAAGCCAUGGUGGUCACCUCCUCCCUAGGCUACCUCCACUGCAGCCUCAAUCCCAUCCUGUACGCCUUCGUGGGAGUGAAGUUCAGGCGUCUGUGGUCAGAGUCUGCAGACACCUCCAACUCCAUCGCUGUCUGA